AUGGCAGCAGAAGAGGGCCGAAGGCUGCAGAUGAAGAACGGUGAGGGCGUGGGUCGCUCAGGACGCCCGAGGUGGGCGCUGUGGAUCGCGGCUCUGAUGGCUGGCGCACUAUGGUGGACGGUGCACAGCGAUGCGGUAGCGUUGAUGAGCAAGGCUUGCGGGAAGGACGCAGCGACUACGCCGAGGGCGGCGAGGGCGUUACGUGGACGUUUUCUGCACAUAACAGACAUUCACCCAGAUCCUUUGUACGUUGAGGGGUCGUCGAUCGCCGGGGCGUGCCACGGGGACCCUGCACGGGAUGCGUCUGACCGCGCGGGGCGGUUUGGAGACGCGAUGGGUGGGUGCGACGCACCGAUGGACUUGAUGAACUAUACUCUAGCAUGGGUAGCGACCCACCUGCGGGACGAGAUUGACUUUGUUGUGUGGACUGGGGACAAUGCCCGUCACGACAACGACCGUCGGCAGCCGCGGACUGCAGAGCAGAUUCUGCAUAUGAACGCGCAGGUCGCAGACCAAUUCUAUGAGCUUUUCCAGCAGCAGCGCGAUGGGGACACUAUGCAGGGCGUCCCGGUGGUGCCAUCGCUAGGCAACAACGAUGUCUUUCCACACAACAUGUUCUCGCUGGGCCCGACACUCAUGACACGCCAGCUGCAGCGCAUCUGGGCGAAGUUCAUACCGGAAGAGCAGCGCCAGGCGUUUGAGCACGAUACAUCUUUCUUUGUGGAGGUAAUUCCUGACCGGCUGGCAGUGAUUUCUUUUAACACGCUCUACUUCUUCAAGUCGAACCCGCUAGUGGACAAUUGUAACGACAAGGCUCAACCGGGCCAUGCGCUGCUGCUCUGGCUUGGAAGUGUGCUGGAGGAGAUGCGUGCUCGCAAUAUGAAGGUGUGGCUGUCUGGCCAUGUGCCCCCUAUUCCGAAGAACUUCGAGGGAUCCUGCUACAACAAACUAGCCUGGUGGACCUACGAAUAUCGCGAUGUUAUCAUUGGUGGCCUUUACGGACACAUGAAUGUUGACCAUUUUUACCCGGCCGAUGGAAAGGCGGCGAAGAAGAGUAUAAAGCGCAGAGGGAAGGCCCGGACGAAAGAACGCAACACCCAGGAACAACCGCUGGAUAUUCUUGAUGAUAGUGUUGACAACCUCUUCAGCGGCCGGGGCGCCAUGCCAUUAAGAAAGGAAAAAUACAUGCGCAGAUUGUUCAAGGAUGUGUACUGCCCAAUUGCCAAGCGUUUGGAGGACAAGGGGAAGCAAGAGCAAAGCUACGAACGGUACAGCAUGGUCCAUGUCGCGGCUUCAGUGAUUCCGACUUUCAACCCUGGCUUCCGCGUUUGGGAGUACAAUCUUACUGGCAUUGAUAACGCUGUGGCCCCCGCACCAUGGACCCGAUUGGUGCGCCGCGCGCAGCAAAUCUUAUCCCCACUCCGCAAGAAAAAGCACGGCCCGGACAGAACGUUGCCGCCCAAGAAACCUAAACAUCUCGCGGCCGGCCCAGGCCAUAUACCACAGGCACUUACACCUAUCCGGUUUACCCAGUACUAUGCAGAUCUUGCAGAGAUUAACAAGGACUAUGCCAGAGAACUGGAGGCGGGGCGGUCGCACGAUGAGGCAGCAGCAGCAGCGUUUCGGUACAAGAUCGAAUACACAUCGGAGGAUGAACCAUACCCGAUGGAGUCGCUACUAGUGCGUGACUAUGUAAAGCUGGCCUCGAAGCUUACGGAGGAUCGAACUGCGUGGAAGACGUACGUCCGCCGCGCUUUCGUAUCCAGCGGCUACCGCGACAACUAG